UGGCGACCACGAAAACUGUUUUUCCCGUUUUCUUCGGACGACGCUGGAUUCGUGUAAUCAUCUCUUGUCCUUUUCGAUGGAUCAUAAUUUCAGCGCACCAGAUUGCAACAAGUGAACAAUCAGCUUGCCGAAGUUCGGCUCCCGUCUUCUCUAAUUCGUCACUCAUCAUCAGUCUCGAUUUCUUUGCUGCCCCAGCAAGGAUAAACAUGGAGGCAAGAUAAACUGCUUCCGCUGCUCCAUUCGGUGAAUUAUGGAUCCGUUGAAGGACUGCAUAACAAUUACGAUCGAUCGUCGUUUCUAGGGGCUUUCAUUCUCUUCCCUCUCCCUUAUCUCCUUUGUCUGUUCACUCUUAAGGAUUCUGGAGAUAAUGGGGAUAGAAAAUGCGGAGGCCGGCGGUGUUUCUCUUCCUGCGCGGCGACUCGUUUUCGCCUACUACGUUACUGGCCACGGAUUCGGCCACGCCACCCGCGUUGUCGAGAUUGCGAGGCAUCUGAUUGAAGCAGGGCAUGAGGUUAACGUGGUUACUGGUGCCCCGGACUUUGUUUUCAGGAGCCAGAUAAAGUCUUCAAAUCUAAAAAUACGAAAUAUUUUGUUGGACUGUGGAGCCGUGCAAACUGACGCCUUGACAGUUGAUCGCCUUGCCUCUUUGGAAAAGUACCGCCAAACAGCAGUGAAGCCCCGAAAUAUCAUUUUAGCAUCUGAAGUGGAGUGGCUAAAAUCCAUCAAGGCCGACUUAGUGGUCUCGGAUGUUGUUCCUGUUGUAUGUCGAGCUGCUGCUGAUGCCGGGAUUCGUUCGGUUUGUGUCACUAACUUCAGCUGGGAUUUUAUUUAUGCAGAAUAUGUCAUGACGGAAGGGUUCCAGCACCAUUCUAUUGUCUGGCAGAUAGCUGAAGACUAUUCUCAUUGUGAGUUUGUUAUCCGGCUUCCUGGUUAUUCACCAAUGCCUGCUUUCAGGGAUGCUAUAGAUGUUCCUCUGGUUGUGAGGAGAGCACAUAAAUCCCGAUCAGAGGUGAGAACGGAGCUUGGAAUUGGAGAGGAAGUGAAGCUAAUAAUUUUCAACUUUGGUGGGCAACCAGCUGGUUGGAACCUUCAGGAGGAGUGGUUACCUUCUGGUUGGUUGUGCCUGGUAUGUGGUGCAUCUGACUCACAAGAGCUUCCUCCGAACUUUAUAAAAGUUCGAGAAGAUGCUUACACACCUGAUUUGAUAGCGGCAUCAGAUUGCAUGCUUGGGAAGAUUGGUUAUGGCACAUUCAGCGAAGCAUUAGCAUUUAGGCUUCCAUUUGUCUUUGUACGAAGAGAUUAUUUUAAUGAAGAGCCAUUUUUAAGGAAUACACUUGAGCAUUACGAAGGUGGUGUGGAGAUGAUCAGGAGAGACUUUCUUGCCGGAAGAUGGACCCCUUACCUUUCUCGUGCUCUUAUGCUUCGCCCAUGUUACGAUGGUGGUAUUAAUGGGGGUGAGGUGGCUGCACAGCUUUUGCAGAAUACUGCUGAUGGAAAGAACUGUUCUCCAGCAAAGAGUGGGGCAAGGCGUUUACGUGAUGCUAUAAUUCUUGGCUAUCAACUACAAAGAGCCCCUGGCAUAGAUAUCAGCAUUCCAGAUUGGUAUUUACUUUCUGAAAAUGAGGUUGGUCUUAAUCACACAUUACCAAAUAUUGAAAUGAAUGGAGACUUCUCUCUCACACACUUAGACAUUCGGAAUGUUGAAGUUCUUCAUGGACAGCUUCAUGGUCUAUCUGAUACUGUAGCUUUCUUGAAAAGCUUAUCUGCACUAAAUGAUAUUGAUUUGGGGAAAAGUGCAGAGAAGCACCACUUGAGAGAGCAGGCUGCAGCUGCUGGAAUCUUCAAUUGGGAGGAUGAAAUUUAUAUAGCUAGGGCUCCUGGAAGAUUGGAUGUAAUGGGCGGAAUAGCAGAUUAUUCAGGAAGUCUGGUUUUGCAGAUGCCAAUUAGAGAGGCAUGCCAUGUCGCUCUUCAAAGGAAUCACCCGACCAAACAGCGCCUAUGGAAACAUGCACUUGCACGACAGAAGGCAAAAGAAAGAUUCACUCCAUUACUGCAAAUUGUAUCAUUUGGAUCAGAAUUAAGUAACCGGGCACCAACCUUUGACAUGGACUUAUCAGAUUUUAUGGAUGGCCAGAAACCUAUGUCAUAUGAGAAGGCGCAGAAGUAUUUUGCGAAAGAUCCGUCCCAAAAAUGGGCUGCUUAUGUGGCUGGGACGAUCCUUGUACUAAUGCAUGAACUCGGCGUGCAGUUUGUAGAUAGUAUCAGCUUAUUGGUUUCUUCAGCUGUUCCAGAAGGCAAAGGUGUGUCUUCUUCUGCAUCUGUUGAGGUUGCUACCAUGUCUGCUAUUGCUGCUGCACAUGAUUUAAGCAUAAAUCCGAGAGAUCUUGCACUGCUCUGUCAAAAGGUUGAGAACCUCGUUGUUGGGGCACCUUGUGGAGUCAUGGAUCAAAUGGCAUCUGCUUGUGGUGAAGCCAACAAGCUUCUUGCGAUGGUUUGUCAGCCUGCAGAGGUAAAGGAGCUAGUCUCAAUCCCCACUCACAUACGUUUUUGGGGCAUUGAUUCUGGAAUACGGCACAGUGUUGGUGGUACAGACUAUGGAUCUGUAAGAAUAGGUACUUUCAUGGGGCGGAAGAUGAUAAAGUCUAUAGCAGCUUCCUUGUUAUCCUGUUCAGUGGAGAACACAUCUGUACCUAUAAACGUUGGUGAUACUGAAUUUGACGAGUAUGAAGAGGAGAAUAUUGAGCUGCUUAGGAAUGAAGCUUCUCUUAAUUAUUUAUGCAAACUUCGCACACACAGAUAUGAAGCUGCCUAUGGAAAGAAGCUUCCCGAGUCAUUACCUGGACAAAUAUUCUUAGAAAAGUAUGUUGAUCACGAUGAUACAGUUACUGUCAUUGAUCCUGGACGAAGCUAUUCAAUUAAAGCACCUACCAAACACCCAAUUUAUGAAAAUUUCCGCGUUGAGGCUUUCAAAGCACUUCUAAGUGCAGCAACUGAAGACGAACAACUUUCUGCACUAGGAGAACUAAUGUAUCAGUGUCAUUAUAGCUACAGUGACUGUGGACUCGGCUCUGAUGGAACAGACAGGCUUGUUGAAUUGGUGCAAGAAAUACAACAUCGCAGCUCCCCUACGCAGGCAAAUUUAUUUGGUGCGAAAAUUACCGGAGGCGGCUCAGGCGGCACUGUCUGUGUGAUUGGGAGGAACAACAUUGAAAGCAACAAAGAAAUUCUUGAGAUACAGCAGAGGUACAAAAAUGCCACUGGUUAUCUGCCAGUUGUUUUUGAGGGGUCAUCACCUGGUGCAGGAAAGUUUGGCUACCUCAAAGUGCGCUGCCGUCCCUUGGCAAAAAGCAGUAUGGAUAAAUAAGUACAAAAGCAUCUUGAACCAAUUUCAGAUUGAUUGCACAUAUUUUAUCUGGCACUAUAAUUGUUACUAACACGAAUGGGGUGAACAACUAUUUAUGAUACUUGGUAAUAAUGUUUUUUAAAUGCUUUUUAAUACAUGCAUGUAAGAUGAUCUAUGUUUUCUUGGGUCAUCUAUGAUUUGACCUUUUUAUAAUAAAAA